AUGGCAGCCGUGCUCGCGAGCGGCAUCAAUGACGACGCGCAGCCCACGCGGACCGUGUGCCUGGCGCUCAAGAUCGACGACACAGAGCGCCACCCGACCGUGGCGAGGGCCCGCGGGGACGGCAACGAGGACUACAUCCCGGCGAGAAGCUUCACCGUGCUGGGCUACGAGUGGCAGAUCGACUACGACCCGGACGGCCACCAUCCCAACCACGUCGAACGCUACGUGAAGCUCCGCGUCAGCCUCGCCCGCACUCCCUCCCCGGUCGCCGGUACCAUCACGGCGUCCUUCACCUUCUGCCUGGUGGAUCCCAGACGGGAGGUCAGGCCGAUGCCGGAGGUGGUGGCCGUGUGCCCUAGGUUCAGGCAGGGGGACUCCAAGGAGGUUCUGCUCGUGUCCCGGGCCGUGCUGGAGGCGUCGGGCCACCUCGGCCGCGACGGCAACUGCUUCGUGCAGUGCAAGAUGGAGCUCUCCGGCUGCGGCGAAAGAACCGGACUCCCUCCCCGCGACCUGGGCCAGGACCUGGGCGACCUGCUCAGGAGCCAGAACGGCGCAGACGUUACCUUCAUCGUCGGCGCCGCGUCCUUCAGCGCGCACAGGUUGCUGCUGACCGCUCGGUCGCCGGUCUUCGGGGAGGAGCUCGCCGGAAGCUUGACGGACGAGACGCAUAGGAUCAAAGACAUGGACGCGGACACCUUCCGGGCGUUUCUGAUUUUCAUCUACACGGACACGCUGCCGCCCCAGCUGGAGCACAUGGACUGCUGGCUGGGGACCUGGAAGGAGGACCAGGAGGCGGUGUCCAUGGCGCGUCGCCUGCUCGACGCCGCCGACCGGUAUGGCGUGGAGCGGCUCAAGGUCAUCUGCGAGAAGAACGUGUGCGUGAGCGUCGGCGUGGGCAGGGUCGCGGCGGACCUUGUCCUUGCGGAGCGGCGCGGGUAUAGGAAGCUCAAGGCUAGGUGCAUUGAGUUCCUGGUGGCCAGCCCGGCGGACCUGCACGCGGUAGCAGCGGCCGGGGGUUUCAAGCUUCUGGAGGCGAGCUGCCCCUCGGUUUUGACCCAGACUGUCACCGCGGUCGCAGCUAGGAGCUGCCAGCUGCUAGGGCUUGGGAGGAGAUAA